AUGGGUGAAGAAAGCAAGACCCCCGUGGUCGCGGAGGCCCACAUGGUCGACACAUUCCACCCUCCGCAGAAGAUGCUUGACAAGCAUCCCAGCAAGCCUCAUAUUGGCAGCAUGGAGGAGUACCAACAAAUGUACAAGGAGUCUAUCACCGAACCCGAUAAGUUUUGGGCGAAGAAGGCCAGAGAGCUCCUGACCUGGCAACGAGAUUUUGACACGGUCCGCACCGGAUCGCUCGCCGAAGGCGAUGCGGCUUGGUUUGUCGAGGGUCAGCUCAACGCCUCCUACAACUGCGUCGACCGGCAUGCUAUCAAAGACCCGAACCGCGUCGCGCUCAUCUACGUAGCUGAUGAGCCGAGUGAGGGCCGCACCCUGACCUAUAGCGAGCUCCUCCGCGAGGUCUGCAAGGUCGCGCAUGUGCUCAAGAAGAUGGGUGUCCGAAAAGGAGAUACCGUCGCCAUCUACCUCCCCAUGAUUCCUGAAGCCAUCAUCGCUUUCCUCGCCAUUAUCCGUAUUGGCGCAAUCCACUCCGUCAUCUUCGCCGGUUUCUCAGCCGAUUCACUACGUGAUCGGGUUAUUGAUGCUCAAUCCAAAGUCGUUAUUACCACGGAUGAGGGAAAGCGAGGUGGAAAGCUGAUUGCCACCAAGAGAAUUGUCGACGACGCCCUGAGGCAGUGCCCCGACGUCACCGGAUGUCUCGUCUACAAGCGCACUGGCGCCGAGAUUCAAUGGACAGAGGGUCGUGACUUGUGGUGGCACGACGAAGUUGAGAAGUGGCCGUCCUACAUCGCCCCCGAGGUCAUGAACGCCGAGGAUCCCCUCUUCUUGCUGUACACCUCUGGUUCAACUGGAAAGCCGAAGGGUGUCAUGCAUACCACGGCCGGAUAUUUGCUCGGUGCGGCAAUGACUGGCAAGUACGUGUUCGACAUUCACGACGGAGACAAAUACUUCUGUGGCGGUGAUGUUGGCUGGAUCACUGGCCACACGUACGUCGUCUACGCGCCUCUCCUCCUAGGUAUCUCCACGGUAGUCUUCGAAGGCACACCCGCCUACCCGAAUUUCUCUCGAUACUGGGAGAUCAUUGCCAAGCACGAAGUCACCCAAUUCUACGUAGCGCCGACCGCCCUGAGACUGUUGAAGCGCGCGGGUGAUGACUAUGUGAAGGCUCACAUGCCUAAGCUGAGAGUCCUCGGAUCAGUAGGAGAGCCAAUUGCGGCUGAGGUCUGGAAGUGGUACUUCGAGGUUGUUGGAAGGGAGGAGGCGCAUAUUGUCGACACUUACUGGCAAACCGAGACCGGGUCGAAUGUCAUCACACCCCUGGCUGGAGUGACGCCGACAAAACCCGGAAGCGCAUCCCUACCGUUCUUCGGAAUAGAGCCGGCCAUCGUCGACCCCGUUUCUGGCGAGGAAAUUCACGGGAACGACGUCGAGGGUGUGUUGGCUUUCAAGCAGCCUUGGCCCAGCAUGGCUCGUACUGUAUGGGGUGCCCAUAAGAGAUAUAUGGAUACCUACCUGAAUGUCUACAAGGGCUACUACUUCACUGGCGAUGGAGCCGGCCGCGACCACGAGGGUUUCUACUGGAUCCGGGGACGAGUCGAUGAUGUUGUCAACGUCAGCGGCCACCGUCUGUCAACUGCCGAGAUCGAAGCUGCCCUGAUCGAGCACCAUGCCGUAGCUGAGGCCGCCGUAGUUGGCGUUACUGACGAAAUGACGGGCCAGGCUGUCAACGCGUUCGUGGCCAUCAAGGAUGGUAACGAGCCCACAGAUGCCUUGAGAAAGGAGUUCAUUCUUCAAGUGCGCAAGAGCAUCGGACCUUUCGCCGCACCCAGAGCGGUGUACAUUGUGCCUGACUUGCCCAAGACCCGAAGUGGUAAGAUCAUGCGUCGCAUUCUGAGAAAGAUCUUGGCUGGUGAGGGAGACCAGCUUGGCGACAUUUCUACGGUAAGCAACCCAAAAAUCAUCGAUAUGAUCAACGCUGACGUUAAGCGCACAAAGCUCUCGGAUCCUUCGGUGGUUGAUAACAUCAAGGCCGCGGUUCUCGAUGGUAAGAAGAAGUAG